GGACCGGAAACGACCAUCGCAUUGCGGAAACAAAGAUGGCGGAGGAGGAGAGUCUCACUGACGAAUUAGAGCAGAUAGACUUUCUAAGAGACAGACAUGUACGCUUUUUUCAGAGAACUCUCCAGGUUUUACCAGAAAGAUACGCCUCCUUGGAGACAACCAGGUUGACUAUCCUAUUUUUUGCCCUGUCUGGUCUCGAUGUUCUCGAUGCCUUGGAUGUCAUCGACAGCAAGGUCACUAUUGAGUGGAUCUACUCCUUGCAGGUCCUACCCACAGAAGACCAAUCUAACCUCAGUCGCUGCGGCUUUCGAGGAUCAUCACACAUCGGAAUUCCGUGCAACACCGAGGGCCCCGGUGUGCUCCAUCCGUACGACAGCGGCCACGUAGCCAUGACCUACACUGGACUGUGCUCUUUGCUAAUACUGGGAGACGACCUGAGCCAAGUCAACAAACAGGCCUGUCUGGCAGGUCUCAGGGCGCUGCAGCUGGACGACGGCAGUUUCUACGCCGUGCCAGAAGGAAGCGAAAACGAUAUACGCUUUAUCUACUGCGCCGCAAGUAUCUGUUACAUGCUGGACGACUGGUCGGGCAUGGAUAUCCAAAAGGCCAUCGAAUACAUCCGAGGAAGCUUGUCUUACGAUAACGGGUUUGGUCAGGGAGCCGGAAGAGAGUCCCAUGGCGGCUGGACAUACUGCGCCAUCGCCUCCUUAUGUUUGAUGGGUCGAUUGGAAGAAGCGCUGACUCAGCGGGAGCUGGACAGGAUCUGCCGCUGGUGCAUCAUGAGACAGCAGAGUGGCUUCCAUGGGCGCCCCAACAAGCCUGUAGACACGUGCUACUCUUUUUGGGUGGGCGCAACAUUAGAGCUAUUAGAUGUGUUCCAGUACACCGACUUUGACAAGAACAGAACCUUCAUCCUGUCCACGCAGGAUCGAUUAGUGGGAGGCUUCGCCAAGUGGCCAGACAGCCAUCCAGACCCUCUGCACGCCUACUUGGGCCUGUGCGGUUUGUCUCUGAUCGGAGAGCCCAGCCUGAGGAAGGUCCACCCGGCUCUCAACAUCACCCAGAGGGCCUUUGAGCACCUCCGCCAGCUGCAGCAGACAUGGAGGGACAGUAGCGGCGGCUGCAGCGGACAGCACUGACAGGACAACCAACCAGCAUGUUCAGUAAACACACGUCUAAGGAGUCUUUUUUUUUUUUUUUUUUUUUAACCUAGGUGGCCUCCUUUUUAUUUGAGGACAACAGGAGUGUCCAGCUAGUAACUCUGGAAAGUGGCCUUUCCUUUACAUAAAGAUGCCUUUUGGUGAAAAAAAAAAAAAAAAUGAACAAAAAAUAUGUGCCAGGACAAAAUCACCAGAGACCUGAAGAAAUAACAGGUGCCAAAUUGUCUCCGUCAUGAUUAUGAAUUGAAAGAAAACCUGUGGAUGUGGUGCAGCAAUGUUUAAGGAUGUGUUUUGGCUGAUUUAUAGUUAACAGUGUUAUGUCAGAUGGACAUGAAACCUUUUAGCAGCACCCUCAUGGACAACAGCUUCUUAUGCACACAAGACCUAAUCAUGCAUUUGAAGGGGACCGAUCUUUAUUCUGACGGAAAAUGUGGAAAAAAGUUUAAACCACCCUGUGAAGAGGUGGCGACUUGUUCAGGGUGUACGCUGCCUUCCGCCCGAAUGCAGCUGAGGUAGGCUCCAGCACCCCCCGCCACCCCAAAAGGGACAAGCAAUAGAAAAUGGAUGGAGGGAUGGAAGUAUAGACCAGUCAUGUUGUCCUUGGAAGCACAGCACCUUCUAAGGACAGACGGUUCAUAAUCACUAACACCCUUUCAGUGCUUUUAUUGACCUUUUCAAAGCUUACCACUCUCAAAAAGGUUAAUUCCUGCCCGGCAGAUUUCAUCUCAACCCUCCUUCUACCACCAUCUGUGUUUGCUAAUGAGGAGGUAUGAUCAGGUGGUGCUGCACCCAAAGGAGAUUAGUAGAAAACCACCUGAAGGGACUCUUUGGUCUUCUGGAAGAUUGUUCUACAACACCUGCAGGAAACAAAAGAAAACAUCUUCUAGGAGCAAACGGGAAUAAAACGUCCCUUAGGGAAUUUCUCUUUUUGAUCCCGUGAGCUGGCCUGGCUCAGACAGAUUCACCAUUGCCGACAGUAACUAUUUAAUAGAUUCACUUGAUAGCCAUCUUUCACCUCAGGCUCUAGUUGCAACGUCUUGGUUUUCCUAUCAUUGGUGUGUAAUCCUUCCCAAAGCCUUUUUCAGCAAGUGAAUCGUAAGCCCCUUUUUAAAGAAAGAUCCUGCAAAAUGGCUGUCAAUGAAAGAUCCAGCAUUUAUUCACCUUUGCCUUUUUACACAGAACAUAAUGAACCAAAAUAUUUUCAAUCGGAGGUAGUGUUAGCAUCUAGUGUGACGAAUACAUAACUGGACAAACAACCACGCUAUUGUUAGUUCUAGUGCUUGGUCAGUUGGGGUUCUUCAUUGGGUGACGUAAACCACUGCUGGCUCACUGGUCGUCAUCGCUGCAUCAUUCUAGCUUACUUUAACUUAGCUGUGCCUUACACUGUAUCGUCUUCUCAGUCUUUUACCUGUCAACCGUACCGUUUCCCCGUUAAACUCAAGUAGUUUUGUCCUUCUGUCCCAGCAUCUUCCUGUUCCCAUAAACUCCAGCUGAAGCAGUGCUUCUCAAUUAUUUUGUUACGCCUCCCGCCUUAAGAAGCAAAAAAACCUUCCGCGCCUCACACCACUCUCUGCCAUGACUAUGAAUAAUAUUUGUCUAUUAUAAGUCCACCUGAUUGAUUGAAACUUAUGCACAGUACGGUACAUAUUCCGUACAAUUGACCACUAAAUGGUAACGCCCGAAUACGUUUUUCAACUUGUUUCAGUCGGGGUCCACGUUAAUCAAUUCAUUGUAUCCUUAUUAGCAAUAAAGAAAAAGAUGAUCUUUAUUGUCGCAUGUACAUGUACAGCGAAAUGUAGUCUGCAUUUGACCCAUCCUCUCUUCUUAACAGGCACAAUACUUUAAACCACACUGCAAAAGUCAGUGUUCAAAGACAAGAAAAAAAAAAAAAUAUAUAUAUAUAUAUAUACAAAAAUUAAGGGUAUUUUACUUGAACUAAGCAAAAUUAUCUGCCAAUAGAAGAAGAAAAUUUGGAUUGAACCUGAAACAUAAUCCUGAAAGGAAACUAGUGUGUGAAUGUCAGUGUGAAUGUCGUCCAUCUAUCUGUGUUGGCCCUGCGAUGAAGUGGCGACUUGUCCAGGGUGGACUCCGCCUUCCGCCCAAAUGCAGCUAAGAUAGGCUCCAGCAUCCCCCGCCACCCCAAAAGGGACAAGUGGUAGAAAAUGAAUUAUACAAUUUGUGCAGUUUUUUAAAAUCAAAAUGAGGACGUUAAAAUUUAUAGCUACAAUGACAACGUUUUGUAGUGCGUAGCUAUUCGUAAUGGGGUUUUAAGAGCGACACGAACGACAUGAUACUAAUAAAGCAUGUUCCCCGGGGUCACACGUGCCCCCCGCUAAGGCACCACUUGAUAAACAUUGCUGUUCAAAAUAAAAGCACACCACUGCACAGGUGACAAUGAUGACAAAUGGACAGCGUUGUAGAGGAGGAUGCACAUGAAGACAUCCAUCCGUCCAUCUAUUUCCUACCGCUUAUUCCCUUUGGGGUCGCGGGGGGCGCUGGUACCUAUCUCUGCUACAAUCGGGCGGAAGGCGGGUACACCCUGGACAAGUCGCCACCUCAUCGCAGCACAUGAAGACAUAUAAAGCCCAAAUUUGUAUGAAUAUCUUGACAAAUGGGAGGCCUAUUAUUCUUAAUAGGGAAGUCAGACACAUUUUUUGUAAGAUUUGUAACGCCAAUUGUCGGACAUCACACAGAGGGAAAAAAAUAUGUGAGCCAGCGUGAAAAAUCUCUCAAGCGUAAUACCAGUUUAUUUUUUUAUUAACGCUACGUCAACUAGAAAUGUUACACUGCCCGUGUUUUUAAAUGCGAAUGUUGCCAAUUUGUAUCCUUAACCUGACCAACAGGCCGAAAACCCUCAUUCUCACUCGCAGUCUCAUUUCUGCUGAUGCGUUCAAUGCGACGUGAUUUUCAGUUUCCAACCACUCCUGUCACAGGUGUUCCUCAGGGUUCAACUGUAGGGCCCUUGCUAUUUUAUGCUAAAUAACCUUUUGUCACUACCACCAGCCACCCCCAGCCCCCUAAUUUUAGGAAGUGAAUUGGAUCAACUAAAUGGUAAAUGGGUUAUACUUAUUAUAUAUAGUGCUUUUCUACCUUUUUUAAGGAACUUAAAGCGCUUUGACACUAUUUCCACAUUCACUCAUUCACACACUGUGUGCUGCCAUGCAAGGCGCUAACCAGGGCACAUCAGGAGCACGGGUGAAGUGUCUUUCUCAAGGACACAACGGACGUGACUAGGAUGGUAGAAGGUGGGGAUUGAACCAGGAACCCUCAGGUUGCUGGCACAGCCACGCUCCCAACCGCGCCAUGCCGUCCCCCGUGAAGGAUAAACAAACAUGUUGUGGAUUAAGCCAUGAUGGACCUCAUCUUGUAAAUCAAAGGUUGUUGGAACAACACCCUCGCACCUUGGGUAAACACCAAGGGGAGACUUCUGCCUUCUAAGCCCAGGCAGAGAGGUGGAGGAGGAGGGAUCACUGAGAGUGGAGCAGCAGGAUGAAUAAAUCAUUGGCAACAUCCAUUAUUAAGGGAAACUGGCGGGCAGUGACGUCACACGCUCCCAACUCCUUAUAACGAGAGAACAAUAACAACGCGUCUUUUACUAUUAUUCUCAUCGCUUAUACCGCGUUACAGUUUUUCCCUGGCCUCUUUGGAGUGCAAGUGUCACCCGGGAAUGGUUUGUUUUAGCUGGCUGUCAGACCCAACAACAAAACUGAAGGCGAUAUGGCCUUUUAUUAAUAUCUUGAUAUUUUUAGGCCAUGUAACGAUACACAAUAUAUAUUGCCAUAUUUUGCCUUGAAUGAACACUUGAUGCAUAUAAUCACAGCAGUAUGAUGAUUCUGUGUGUCUACAUUAAAACAUUCUCGUUCAUACUGCUUUAAUAUAUGCUUAUAUAAAACUUUCAUGCAGAGAGGGAAAUCACAACUAAGUCAUUUGACCAAAACUGUAGUUAUUAAGCAGUGGCAUAAACGUUCAUGUCAUUUCAAAACAGAAAGUGCAAGAUUGUCAGAGACAUUUUAAAACAAGCUAUUAGAGUGAAUUAUAUUUAUAGUGAAUUAUAAUUUUGUGCAUGAUGUCACUAAGAUGACAUAUCAAAACAAAACUGAAUUAAAGUGCACUUUUUGUACAGAGCCACUGCAAUAGUUUAGAACAAAUAAAGUGCACUUUUGUGCAUGAUGUCACAAGAUAUUUCGAUAAGUUAUCAAUUGAAAAUGAGUUAAAUAAUAGGAGAUCAAAAUAGUGUAUGUCCUUCGCUAUGUGGAAGGUUCCUGCGGACGUUAUCUCCUUUUGUUGUUGACUUUUGUUUUCAUACGGUGUUGAUCUGGAAAUAGUUGCUUCAGCAUUUUGUGGGUGUUUCAUCGAACAGAGAUGUUGACAUGCCGUGUUUCAAGCACUCUUCAUUUUCUCGCGGUUGACUUUUCAAAUGAGACAAAAGCAUUGCUCCAAAAAGUAGCAGCACUGCUAAUUUGUAGCAACGACUUUGCCGCAUAAUUGUUCAACAUCUUCCCGCUUGAAGCCAAACCACCGCCAAACGAUGGACCCCUUCCUUGGGAAUUUAUUCUUCCUUCAUUUGUUACCAGAUUGGCACCUUCUCUCUUUUGUAUUACCACUCGCACCUCACCGUUAGCAUCAUAGCUAACGUUACCAUGUCGCUACCUCUCUGCUCCGCGGGAGCGUGUGACGUUGCACUCGUGACGUAUGUAAGAAGGUGCACUGGUUUAAGUCUCUGUGUGAAGGAGAGACAAGAAAGAGUGGGAAACGCAUGCAGUGUAAUGCCCGCAGCUAAAAGCAACUGCGUGAGAACGUAUACUCGAAUAUCACCAUAUAGUCAUUUUCUAUAUCACACAGAGACAAACCCGCGAUAUAUCGCUAAAUCGCCCAGCCCUAUUGAAUAAACACACAAUUUUCUGCAUCUGCAUGAUUCUGGCUUUCAAAUGCAGCGCUGCUUUAACGGGAGCCCGGACCAAUUCUAAUGGACUUCUUUAGAUUUGUCUUCUAAAGCCUGGAGACCGCUUCAUUAUGGAGAAGUAUUCCUUCGCCACACUUGUGCCUCGUAGAUUGUUGUUCUAAUGUCUCCGCUCGGGAUGGUCUCCUGCUGGCCCCACUAUGGACUGGAAUCCCACUAUUUUAUGUUGGAUCCACUAUGGACUGGCCUUUUACAAUAUUAUGUUAGACCCACUAUGGACUGGACUCCCACUAUUUUAUGUUAGAUCCACUAUGGAUUGGCCUUUUACAAUAUUAUGUUAGACCCACUAUGGACUGGACUCCCACUAUUUUAUGUUAGAUCCACUAUGGACUGGACUCUCACAAUUUUAUGCUAGAUCCACUAUAGACUGGACUCUCACUAUUAUGUUAGAUCCACUAGGGACUGGACUCUCACAAUUUUAUGUGAGAUCCACUAUGGACUGGACUAUCACUAUUAUGUUAGAUCCACUAGGGACUGGACUCUUACAAUAUUAUUCCAGAUCCACUAUGGACUGGACUUUCACUAUUACGCUAGCUCCACUAUGGACUGGACUCUCACUAUUAUGCUAGAUCCACUAUGGACUGGACUCUCCCUAUUAUGUUAGAUCCACUAUGUACUGGACUAUCACAAUAUUAUGCUAGAUCCACUAUGGACUGGACUCUCACUAUUAUGUUAGAUCCACUAUGGACUGGACUCUCACUAUUAUGUUAGAUCCGCUAUGGACUGGACUCUCCCAAUAUUAUGCUAGAUCCACUAUGGACUGAACUCUCACUAUUAUGUUAGAUCCACUAUGGACUGGACUCUCACUAUUAUGCUAGAUCCACUAUGGACUGGACUUUGACUAUUAUGUUAGAUCCACUAUGGACUGGACUCUCACUAUUAUGCUAGAUCCACAAUGGACUGGACUCUCACUAUUAUGCUAGAUCCACUAUGGACUAGACUCUCACUAUUAUGCUAGAUCCACUAUGGACUGGACUCUCACUAUUAUGUUAGAUCCACUAUGGACUGGACUCUCACUAUUAUGUUAGAUCCACUAUGGACUGGACUCUCACUAUUAUGCUAGAUCCACUAUGGACUGGACUCUCACUAUUAUGUUAGAUCCACUAUGGACUGGACUCUCACUAUUAGGCCAGAUCCACUAUGGACUAGACUCUCACUAUUAUGUUUUAUCAACUCUACGUCCAUUGCACCAGACGCCCAGGGGUGGGGAUCCCCACAUCUUCGGUCCCCUCCGAGGUUUCUCAUUGUACCAUUGGGUUGAGUUUUUCCUUGCCCUGAUGUGGGAUCUGAGCCGAGGAUGUCGUUGUGGCUUGUGCAGCCCUUUGAGACACUUCUGAUUUAGGGCUGUAUAAGUAAACAUUGAUUGAUUGAUUGAAUGAUAAUGUCCCUCAGCAAUGCUUUUUUUCAUAAAUUUUUUCCUCAACCCAUUUUUUUUUAGAAAAACAGACAAACUGAAAAGUUGAAAACACACGUUUUUGUUCUUGCAAUCAGGAUUCUAAUGCAUUUCUCAGAGAAAGAAAAUCCACGGAUGCAUCAGUUCCCUCGGUCGCUUACGGAGCAUAUGGAGCCUGUUACUCGGCCUCAAUAGCUGCCUGCAGUGGGGGUCGUUGUUUGGACCCCUCCCACGCCACACAUGCAUAUACAUAAUGUAACAUGAAAUGCCAUUUAUUUUUUUUAUGCUUUGUAGAGACAUCAAGUGUAGGUAAAAAAUGUACAUGACUAUAAAUAUUUGCAAGCAAGAUGUAUAAGCGGGCGGAUAUGCGAAUGUUGAUUGGUUAGCCAUGUUUGAAUAACGUGAGGAACCGAGCUUGGCAGCAAAUACUGCAUCUGUGGUAAAUAAUAAAAACAUUACGCACACAUA